AUGCUCAAUCGAGUCUUAGGCGUAAUUACAAGAGCAAGCAAACGUUUCAUACUCAUGUCACAAGAAGUGCCUGUACCACAAGCCGUUAAGGCCCCAAAGAAAUCCAAAUUGCAAGUCUCCUUAAAGACUCCAAAAGGUACCAAAGAUUGGGCUGAUACCGAUAUGGUUAUCAGAGAAGCCAUUUUCUCCACUUUAUCCGGUUUAUUCAAACGUCACGGUGCCGUUACUAUUGAUACCCCGGUCUUCGAAUUACGUGAUAUCUUAGCGGGUAAAUAUGGUGAAGAUUCAAAAUUGAUCUACAACUUAGAAGAUCAAGGUGGUGAACUUACUUCAUUACGUUACGAUUUAACUGUCCCAUUCGCAAGAUUCGUGGCAAUGAACAAUAUUCAAAAUAUUAAGAGGUACCACAUCGCAAAGGUUUACAGAAGAGAUCAACCAGCUAUGACUAAAGGUAGAAUGAGAGAAUUUUAUCAAUGUGAUUUCGAUAUUGCAGGUACUUAUGAAAGUAUGGUCCCAGAUGCUGAAGUCCUAGCAAUUUUAGUCGAAGGUUUGACCAAAUUAGGCAUUCAAGACUUCAAAAUCAAAUUAAAUCACAGAAAAAUCUUAGAUGGUAUUUUUAAAAUAUCUGGUGUUAAAGAUGAAGACGUUAGAAAAAUUUCAUCCGCAGUUGACAAAUUGGAUAAAUCACCAUGGGAAGCAGUUAAGAAGGAAAUAACCGAGGAAAAAGGUCAAACCGAAGAAACUGCAGAUAAGAUUGGGGAAUACGUUAAAUUGAAUGGUUCAUUGAAAGAAGUUCAUGAACUUUUAUCUAAGGAUGAAGCUAUUACUUCUAAUGAACUAGCAAAGGAAGGUUUAGAUGAAAUUGCUACUUUGAUCAAAUAUGCUGAAGCUUUUGCCAUUGAAGAUUUCAUUUCUUUCGAUUUAUCCUUAGCUAGAGGUUUAGAUUAUUAUACUGGUUUAAUCUAUGAAGCUGUCACUGAAGCUUCUGCUCCACCAGAAAAUGCGACCGAUUUGAAGAAGAAAUCUAAGAACAGCGAAGAUGCUUCAGAAUACGUUGGCGUCGGUUCCAUUGCUGCCGGUGGUCGUUACGAUAACUUAGUUAACAUGUUUGCCCAGGCAUCUGGUAAAAAAUCCGCUCAAAUUCCAUGUAUCGGUAUCUCUUUUGGUGUCGAAAGAAUUUUCUCUUUAAUCAAACAAAGAAUAAAUGCAUCUUCCAACAUUAAGCCAACUAGCACACAAGUCUUCGUUAUGGCCUUUGGUGGUGGUAAAGACUGGAAUGGUUACUUACCAGAAAGAAUGAAGGUUACCAAACAACUAUGGGAUGCUGGUAUUGAAACCGAAUACGUUUAUAAGGCUAAGGCUAACCCAAGAAAGCAAUUUGAAGCUGCAGAAAAGUGUGGUGCUUCAGUAGCCGUCAUUUUAGGAAAAGAAGAGUACCUAGAAAACAAAUUACGUGUCAAGAGAUUGGGUCCAGAAUUUGCUGAUGAUGAUGGUGAACUUGUUGAUGCUGCUGACUUUGUCAGUGUUGUAAAACAAAAAUUAUCUGAAGUUCAUGAAGACGGAGUUAAUGAAGUUACUCGUUUAAUUAGAGGUUUGUAA